AUGAGGAAGUCACGUGUGGCGCCGUUGAAGCAGACCACCAUUCCACGUAUGGAGUUGACUGCUGCAGUUGUUGCUGUUAACACAGACAAAAUGCUGAAAGAUGAACUGGAACUGGAAUUGCUUGAAUCUGUAUUUUGGACUGAUAGUACCACUGUUUUGAGAUAUAUUGACAAUGAAGGUCUGCGUUUCAAAACGUUUGUGGCCAACAGGAUUGCCGUUAUAAGGGAGUCGACCAGACCACAACAGUGGAGGUACGUCAACACCUCAAUGAACCCAGCUGAUUGUGCAUCCAGAGGACUUACUUGUGAAAAGUUCAUGAAAAACAUGAGUUGGAUCCACUGUCCUUCUUUUCUCAAAGAACCAGAGAAUAAGUGGCCUGAAACAAAUCAUGACUUAUCAACAAAAAUGGAUGACAGUGAGGUUAAACACUUAGCUUCAGUGAACCUUGUGUGUGCAGUGGAUGGCACAGAUGCUGUGAACAAUUUGAUCAAUUAUUACUCUGAUUGGUACAAAUUAAAGAGAGCUGUGGCAUGGAUCCUUCGUUUUAAGGAGAUAAUUAUACAGCGCAGCAAAACAGCCAAAGACAAAGAAGUUCAGAGUUGUGAGACAAAACCCACAGCAGAAAACUGCAAAGCUCUAACAAUAAAGAUUAGAGCAAAGGCUGUAGAGCAGAAGAUGUCAGAGCUGCCACAUGACAGAAUAAUGCCAGAUCAACCACCCUUCACCAAUGUUGGAGUAGACUACUUUGGACCAUCAAUGGACAACUUUGUCAUUAACACUUUGACAGACUGGCAGCUGACAGACCUUGUGACUUGUCUAAAGAUUUAA